AGGUGGAGUGGAACCUAGGCGAUUCUCUCACACAAGCAACCAUAGGCUUACGGGUUUUCUAGUUCUAUUUUCAAAUUUCAAAAUUUCAUUUUCUUUUCCUUUUCAUUUUUUCUGACCAAGAUUUUAUUUCUUGCAUAAUACGAUCAUAUCGCCCUGUUUUCAGCGUCCGAUCAUUCUUUAACUAAUAUGCUGUUCUUUUCUCCGGAAAAUUUCGUUUUCUCUUUCAUCUUUUCGAAUUCUUGUUCCAUUCUUCGGUGUUCCUCCUGUUCCAAAAUUGGUAUAAUUCCGGUGGGAAUCUUGUGAUCUGCCCGGUACGAUUGGCUUUUUCACUCUAGUUGUACCCUCUGUAUCAAUAUACUUGUUUGGUGGUUCUGAUCAUGGAAACAGAGGGGGUGUAAUUGAAGUUUCCACUUGUUCAUAUUUCUGUAUAGAAUUUUGUUGCUUAGGUUUUUGUAAAGCUUCGCAUUUUGCUCUGAUUGUUUUCUGACCGCAAAGAGAGUUAUGCAUCUUGAGGAAUUGAAGGGAGAAGAGGUGGGGGGUGGAGGGGAAGGGAAAGUAUAUAUCGGAAAUGGUGUUAUUGGCGCGGCUAGUUUUGUCGUAUCGGAUGCGAAAAGGGCUCUGGUUGGAGCGGGCGCUCGUGCUCUCUUCUACCCCACUCUGCUUUAUAAUGUCGUCAGGAAUAAGGUGCAGGCCGAGUUUCGGUGGUGGGAUAAGGUUGAUGAGUUCAUAUUAUUAGGUGCUGUUCCCUUUCCUGUUGAUGUUCCCCGCCUAAAGGAGCUGGGUGUUCGAGGAGUCAUCACAUUGAAUGAGUCAUAUGAGACUUUGGUGCCAACCUCACUUUAUCACGCUCAUGGAAUUGACCAUCUUGUGAUUCCUACUAGAGAUUACUGUUUCGCACCUUCAUUGCAUGACAUAUGCUCUGCUGUAGACUUCAUUCAUGAAAAUGCGUUGGCUGGACGGGUUACAUAUGUCCAUUGCAAAGCUGGCCGCGGUCGCAGCACAACUGUUGUCAUCUGUUACCUGGUCCAUCACAAGCUUAUGACGCCCAGUGCUGCAUAUGAUUAUGUGAAGUCAAUUCGACCAAGGGUUCUUCUGGCUUCCUCUCAGUGGCGAGCUGUUCAGGAAUACUACCACCUUAGGGUUAGGAAAGCUAUGACCUAUGCUCCCGCAAGCAACCUAAUAAUAAAGGCACCUGCAGCAACGGGAGCUUCGCUAGACCUUGUAACAUUUGAUGACGGUUCAGUAGUUGUGGUAACGGAGUCAGACGUGGAAGGUUAUGAGCCCGCUAUGGGAAGGGAAAUAUGGGCAAAUGUGAGUUUGGUUUGCCGUGUACGGGUUGUGGGACAGGCAGCAUUGGCAAGAAUAUCUUGCCUUUGGCUGAGAUAUGGUCGCCACCGGCAGGCUUCCACCGGCAAUCAUUUGGGAGGCAUCAGUGUUGAUAUCCAUGUCUUCUGAGAGCGGAAAUCAAUAACAAUUCCCUGUUCCUCAUGGCUGAACCUGAACCUCUUAUUUCCCUCUUGUAUAUAUUUAUUUCUCUUGUUUGCUGUCUUGAAUCCAAAUGAUGAGCCCUUGAGGUCAUUCCGCUUGCUCCGAGUUUUGUGCAAGGAAAACAGUAAUUUAAAAUAAUGAA